CGUCAUCGUUCUUAUUAAAAACCUUGAAAUUUGGAAGUGUAGGGAAUUUUGGAGACAAAUCACAAUGGGAGAAGCGCGUCCUGCUCAGAUUCCGACGAGUUUCGGCCACGAGCUCAGGGCUUGUCUUCGAUGCCGCCUCAUCAAGACCUACGAUCAGUUUAGGGAUUCCGGGUGCGACAACUGUCCUUUCUUCAAAAUCGAAGAAGAUCCUGAGCGUAUUGUCGAUGUUACCACCCCUAAUUUCAACGGUACAAUCUCUAUGAUGGAUCCACGCAGAAGUUGGGCGGCAAGGUGGUUAAGAAUUGGGAAGUUUGCUCCUGGUUGCUACGCCCUUGCUGUCUCAGAGGCACUCCCAGAGGAAAUGCAGUUCCUAUGCCAAGAAGAGCGAGUGCAGUACGUUCCGCCCAAACGCAUUUGAAGCCCUUUUGCAUCAUGUUGAGAUCUCUGCAAGUGGAAGUAGUUUAGCUACUACUUUGUUUUGUGAUUUCAACUAAUCUUAAGAUCUGAGAUUUGUUUUGCCAGCAAAAAGUAACAUUUCUUGCCAAACUCAUUUGGUAGUUCAUAACCUCCAGCAAAUCACAUAGAUUAUUGCAUUAUAUUGUAGCUCAGUUCUGUUUCUGGCUUUUUGGUAAACAAAUUAAAAUACUUAGAAAGAGAUAGAUGCAUAACAAGAGAUUGUGUUGGAGAGGCAGUUUGAAAACAAUUUUUUUUUUUCAUAACAAGUCCCUAGAAAAUUAAAUGUUUCUUUUCAUUAGUUAAAAGUUAAAGAUGUCAGAUUCUAUUUCC